AAGGCCAGCGCUAUCAACAUCACCCGAUCCCAUCCAGCCAGCACAUCUGAAAAAGUCUCCCAAAACCCUGCAGACCCCAACCGCUGCACUAACCGACCACCGAUGGCGCCGGUGACUCAGCGAUCCGUGGUCUCCUACACCCUCACCGGCCCGCCGACGAUCGGCAGCCUUGGACCGGCUCCCACCGCCACAGGCGACCUUUUCGUCGACCUGCUCGACGCCGGCUUCAACAAGGCGGGCGCGACGAAGCCGCCGACGACGGCGAAGGGGCGCACGGAGAACCUCUCGCCGACGUUCGUCUCCUCCGGCGACCCCUGUCUCGACUUCUUCUUCCACGUCGUCCCGGGCACCCCGGCCUCGUCCGUCGCCUCCCUCCUUGCCGCGGCCUGGGCCGCCGAGCCGGCCACCGCGCUCCGCCUCGCCUGCAACCUCCGUGGCGUGCGCGGCACCGGCAAGUCCGACCGCGAGGGCUUCUACGCCGCCGCGCUCUGGAUGCACGCCCAACACCCCACCACGCUCGCCCUCAACGCGCUCCCGGUGGCCCAGUUCGGGUACCUCAAAGACCUCCCCGAGCUCCUCCACCGCAUCAUCCACGGCGGCGUCUCCACCAGGACUCCUGGGAAGAAGGCCCGCCGCGCCGCCGCCUCAGGAGGUGGCUUCCUGGUCCGUGGCCGAGGAAGCGGCUUCGGGGGUCGUAGGGGACGCGGCCGAGGCGGCGGCUUCGGGGGUCGUAGGGGACGCGGCCGAGGCGGGGGCUAUGGGGGUCGUCGGGGCGGACGUUUCAUGGGUUAUCGCGGCAGCCGCUUCGACUCACGUACGCCCUCGCGACGCGCGUUCAAGGGUCGCCGGAUCUUCAUUGGCACUAGCGAGGAGCGCGUCGCUGCCAGCCUCGAGCGCGACCGGAAGCUCUCCGCCCAGGCCGCCGUGGAGCGCAGGAGGAAGCGCGCGGAAGCCGUGGCCAGAGCCGUCGAGAGGUACAACCGGGACCCGAGCUACCGCUUCCUGCACGACCGCACCGCCGACAUGUUCACCGACCUCCUUGCCGCGGACAUGCGGAAGCUCGUCGACGGCAAGGUCAACGACCUCUCGCUCGCCGCCAAAUGGUGCCCGUCGCUGGACAAGUGCUACGACAGCUCCACCCUCAUCUGCGAGGCCAUCGCGCGCCGCCUCUUCCCCAAGGGCUCGGCGCCGGAGCUCCCCUCCGACUUGCCGGACGCGCACUACGCCUACCGCGCGCGCGACCGUCUCCGCAAGGAGGUGCUGGUGCCGCUGCGCCGCACGCUCAUGCUUCCCGAGGUCUUCAUCUCGGCGCGCGCGUGGGGUUCCGUUGCGUACAAGCGCGUGGCCUCCGUGGCCAUGAAGAACUACAAGGACCUCUUCCUCAAGCACGACCCCGAGCGCUUCGGCCUCUACCUCGCCGACGUGGAGGCCGGCAAGGCCAAGAUCGCGGCGGGCGCGCUGCUCCCGCACGAGAUCCUCGAGUCCAUCGACGACGCCAGCGGCGGCUCCGUAGCGAACCUGCAGUGGCAGCGCAUGGUCUCGGACCUGCUGGCGCUCGGAAAGCUCAGCAACUGCAUCGCCGUGUGCGACGUGUCGGACAGCAUGACCGGUCUCCCCAUGCAGGUCUGCGUCGCGCUCGGCCUCCUCCUCUCCGAGCUCAGCGACGAUCCGUGGCGCCACCGGGUCAUCACCUUCAGCGCGCGGCCGCAGCUUCACCGCGUCGAGGGCAACACGCUCUCGGAGAAGGCCCGGUUCGUCCGCGAGAUGCACUGGGGCAUGAACACCGACCUCCAAGCGGUGUUCGACCAGCUCCUCGGCGUGGCCGUCGCCGGCAGCCUGCCUCCGGAGCGGAUGGUGAGGAAAGUGUUCGUGUUCAGCGACAUGGAGUUCGACGUGGCGUCGUCGAGGCCGUGGGAGACGGACCACGAGGCCAUCACGAGGAAGUUCACGGAGGCCGGCUACGCUGUGCCGGAGCUGGUGUUCUGGAACCUGCGUGACUCCAAGUCCGUGCCGGUGACGGCGGGACAGAAGGGAGCGGCUCUGGUGAGCGGGUUCUCCAAGAACAUGGUGAAGCUGUUCCUCGGCAGCGGAGACAUAUUGUCGCCCAGGGCUGUCAUGGAGAAGGCCAUCGCCGGACCCGAGUACCAGAAGCUCGUCGUCUUCGACUGAAGAGUACCUCGCGGCAUGGAUUUGUUGCUUCCUUGCAAACAUCUCUUGCUGUCUAGCCCACGAACUUUGUUUUUCUUCUUUCUGCCCGUCAUAUUGAACAAUUGGAAUGAAAAGGAAUCAAUGUUUGUAGCUUCAUGCUGAAUUUUUGCUGUGGUAUAGAGGCGCGGCUUGCGAUUGUAAUGAGUAGUAAUACUGUAUUUCCAUUCAUUUUAAUCAUUUUUUCUGCAAAAUAAAAUUCAUGAACAUAAAAUCAAACGAAUCAAUUUCCACUUUAA